AGUAGUUGCGCUUCUUUCUUCAACGUUGGAGCCUUCUCGGAGGGCUUUCGGGUUGCCGUGUACUAAAAGCCAAUUAGUGGUGUUGUUGUUGUUGCUCACCCCACCCGUUCGCGAAGGAGCCAAUUAUCGGUGGCCAUUUCCCGAGCCGACUCCAAGUGGAACCCGUGUGCAAUUAACACGAACCGAUCAUCGUGGAAGUGAAAAGGCUCGGUUUUUCUCGGUUCUCGGCUUUGCCACACGAAAGAAACGGUUCGCUAGCCUUCAUUAUCUUUCGGCGAAAAAAGGCUAACGAUUAUCGGCAUCCGUUAAUCGACGAACCGAGCGACAAAAAGUGUUUCGAGUGUUGGCCCUCGCACUAGAGAGCGUGUUUUGAUACACGAGACAGCAUAAACAGGAUGUGGAAGAAGGCACGUGCGCACACGGAGCCGAGUCAGUUCGGAACAAUUCUUCUGCUCGCCGUCGGUUUGUUGGGAAAAGUUUCUGCCACGGGUGCAGCAUCCACCGGUUCCCGAGACCAAUUAUUGUCGUCGCCCGCCCAGACCUACUUCGACGCCGUUGCACCGGAAGAUCGAGAAAAUUUCAUCAAGUUCCAUCUGGACAAGGCCCUGGGAGAGCGCCUACCGUACUACACGCCCGGCACAGGAAAGGACUUUGAGUUCAGCAGCACCUAUCAGGACGCAAUGGAACCGGAGGAUUUUUCCGUCAACCUGUUGGGCCACUUUAUGGGCACCUUCGGUCUGACCGAGACCGACGUGAUCCAGUUCGUGACCCGGAACGUCAUCUGCUUCCCGUCCGGCUGGUGUUUCAAUCCGGACGACAUCGGCAACAUCUGCUGCCCGUUUUAGAAGCCGGGCGUUUGCCGAAAACCCCCGUCCCAAAGGCUAAACGCAUAUGAGGCCCACUGGAAACGUCAACCUCGAUGGUCUUCCGGGAGCGGUGGGCAAACUGGUCAUCAAU